CGAGACUGCAGAGACCUGUUGCCCGAAAUCAGCCUGCCUGGGCGGCCACAAAGAGGAGGCUGACGCCGCUGAAUCCGCGGAGCGCAAAUAUUCAACCUAAGGUUGGAAUGGGCGGUGGGACAAAAUAUGGAGCCUGUAUUCAAUAAAAUGUCGGGUUAAAUAUGAAACCAUUAUGGUGCAGAACAGAGAACCAGCCCAUAAUCCAGAGGGAACCAGUUUUUCGAGAGAAAACAGGAAGACAGACGCUGAGUGGUUCCUUUCAGUCAGCCCUGUGAAGACUAAUAACCGAUCAGCUCGUUUAAAGUUGUCUUAAUCCUAAACGUUUCUUAAUUUCAUCACAAAUCCAGCGGGGAAUCUGAAAAAAUGCUGGAAGUCCGAAACAAACCGCAGCUAGAUGACGAUGCCUCCCUCUAAACACGGAACCGAAGCAUCUGGAGCCGAACAUGUCCGACUCAGAGCUGGACGAACAUCUGGAACCAGUUGGAGGACCUGCGCUUAUAGGGCCCUUUCAUUAGGAACUCCUUGGAGACUGUUGGAAAACCAUUCCAGGAGAUGAACCUCAUGAAGCUCAUGGAGAAAACACCAAGAGUCUAAAGCAGUAAUCACAGGUCCAUUAGCAGGAGAAGAACAGAGGAGCCAGAAGGAAGAUGAAGGAGUCAUUUUAAAUGAAUUUUUUCGAAGAAACGUUAUUGGACUUAAGAAAAGAAAAGAGAAAUGGCCAAAAACAAAGACAAACCAGGAGAUGCAAACAGAUUCUCCUGGUUAUGUUGCUCCAAAACAGCAACAGAACCAGAAGAUCCUGGUGACGUGUAUUGUGCCCUGACUGUAACAUCUCCUACACCUUUUGAGACAUCUUCUAAAAACAAAACUCCACCGUUCUUACUGCCGCGAUUCUCAGUGCCUAGAACUGCAACGAAAAGAAGUAUUUCUGCUAGUAUCAGACUGGGCCACCAACUGGACUUUGUAGAAUAUCACCCUUUAGUUUCACAGACAGAUCUUCCACGGUCUAGACCUUCGUGGACAGAAGAUGUUUGGGAUGAAUCAUUUUACUCUACGCUUGGUGCCGGGAAAGUAGAAAAUAAGGAAGAUUCAGAUUUUUUUUUAAAACCAUCUGGCUGGCUUAUGAGAAGAGAAAAAGGUAGAACGUUCAAAAGAGAAAUAAGAGAAUUUGGGUCAAUAUCUUUUAGGAGGAGCUAUGAUGAGGUAACGCUAGAGGGCGACUGUGACAGAAUCUCUUAUUCCCCGUAUUAUAAACCAAUAGACAUCAGAUCUGCAUUGAGAAAACCAGGUUCUGGCCGAACUCUCCCAAGAGAAACGGAUCCACUGAUCAUCUCAGAAUACUCCUCACCUGCUGAAACUCAGUCUUCCAUACUUCAUGAACAGCUGGAAAACAGAGAGAAGAUUAAAACCCCAUCCUGUUUGUCUCAGAGCUGUCCCUCACAGAGUCAGGAACCUCCAGCAACCAUCAUCAACUUACGCCGAGCUCCAAGUUUACCCAACAUGAAGCUCCAAAGCAGCUUUGAGGAGUUUACUCCUAAUUUCACUGGUGAUGAAGAUGAUGAAACCUACUGGUUCCAGUGCUCCUCUCCAGGCCUGUACCGGUGCAGACUGAGCAGCCUGGUGUUUGACAUGAAGGGAGAAGGAGACGUGUUCUACAGGAUUGUUCCUUGGAGCAGAACAUUACUGAGCCAACAUGACAAGAAGCCUGCAGGACCUCUGUUUGACAUCAGAUGUCAGCAGCAGUCUGUGGUUCAGCUUCAUCUCCCACACUGUGAGAUCCGCUCCACAGGUGGAUGUCACUUCCUGUCAGUCGCUCAUGUUCAUGAUGAAGGCAUCGAGUUUAUCAGGCCUGAGAAGAUCACAGAAACUCACGUCAUCAUCAGCAUCACAGGGUUUUCUGCUUUUGGUAACGUCAAGGAUGAAGAUUCUCCCCCUGUUCCGAUCCGAGCCUUGGUUCUGCUGUUCUACAAGUCUCCAACUGAUCCGGAGUCUGAUCACCUGAUUAAUGUCCUGAUGCUGCCUAAAAACGUUGUUCUUAAAAAUGUUCUGCAUUUCAGGAAGAAAUUAGAUGAAGAUGAAAGAUUUCUAGAGACGCCUCCACACUGUAAACUGCAGCUGAAGCAGCUUUACACUCUGUCCACCUGUUCUGGAGAAGACUCGGUUCUGGUUCAGCCCACAGAAGCUGAGUUUGAUGCAGAGUCAUAUGACAACUACCUCCCAACGUUCCAGGUGGUUUAUGAGAAAAUGAUGAAACACAUCAAACUGUUUCUGAAGGACAGCAGCUCCAGCAGCGUCUGGGAGAGACGGGUUUGUCUUUCUGCUGCUAGAGUACAAAGAUCCUGUGGACCGACCCGACAGAAUCUCGGUCCGAAGGAGCAACUGGAGGAGAUAAGGAUCAGCUUCAUGGAUGGGAUAUCAGAACCAGUUCUGCAGAGUCUACUGGACAGACUGCUGAGGAAAAAGGUCCUCAUUGAUUCUGAGAGGGAGACAGUAGAGGGGGAGAAGACCAGAAGAGGCAAAGCUCGGGUUUUAGUCGACUCAGUCAGGAGAAAAGGUGACGCUGCAAGUUCAGAGAUGAUCCACUUUCUCUGUGAGCUCGACCCGUUUCUCUCUGAACAUCUGGGUCUGAUGUGAGGAAGAGUUACUAACAGAUUUUACUUCCAAUAUUAUAAAUCAAUGACCUUAUAUUUGCUUUAAUUUUCAUAUGUAAUUAUCAUGUUAGGAUCAGUUAUAAACAAGUUGUUUCUGUUAGUCUGCAAUAACGUUUUAAGUCAAGUUUGACAGAUUUUAUUUUUUUUAAAUAGAACAAACCUUAAGUUGUGAAUUUACCAUGGAGCGACUUUUAAUGAUUAGAUAUUAAGCAACUGACGUUUAGUAAAUCACUGUGACUCUUUGAGGUCAUACUCGUCGUCUUCCGCUUCAUCUGGGACCGGGUCGCGGAUGAAGCGGACUCUGUGAGAAGCUGUGACUCUUUGAGGUCUUAAAAUAAAUAUAAUUCAUCACACUGAGAAACGAGAAGGAUUAUUGUUAUUUGUGUGACUGGUUUCAUCUGAUUAUAACCUUUUACUGUGAAAUACUUCCAACAGCCAGCAGGGAGAGAUAUUUUCCCAUUAAUCUAAAAUCAACACGUUGAGGCUGGUUCUGUUUCAUCUUUACAGGAACUGCAGACAUGUAGAGCCUCAGUUUACUCAGCUCUGAUUUUAAAGAGGCUCUUUAGAUGUGCAGAUCUCACAGAGAUACAGUUGGAACCAGAUAUUUACAUACACUGCAAACUGACAAACGUUUAUCUCACUGUCUGACAUUAAAUCAGCUUCAGAUACUAAAUUCAAAAAACUGAGAAUUUUCUAUUUCUAUUAAAAGUUAUAAGUUUACAUACAUUUCCUUAAUAUUGACAGAAAGUCUGCAGUAAUAAGGAUGUUGUUCUGGUCUGUCAUCAUUGUUCCAUCAGCGAUGUUCAUGAGAUAUUGAUGAUGAGUAAACUUAUGAAUGAAGGUCAUGGAUACAAGCAGCUGACUUGCACUUCCUGGCAGCUCUGCCUUUGGAGCUCUGUCAACAGGGAGCCAGUUAGGCUUUGAGUAGGCCAUCUGCCACAGGAAUCAGCUGGUGUGGAUUAUCUGGUGAGGACACCACAUGCGGGACUCUUCCUCCUCCACACCCCAUGGGGCGAAUAUCCCAGAAAAGUCCCAAAAACAGACUUGUUUGUGUGAAUGUUAGUAUGUUAACCCAAACUUUCACAUUUUUCUAAACAGCUUUUUCCCCCAACUUACAGAAAUUAGAUUCUGUCACUUUUCACAAGAAUUAUCAUAAUUUAUUGAAUUCUUAGUGUCAACCUAUAGAUUUAGAGCUGUCUCUGUUUUUAUAAAAAAUAUUUCCAUUUGAAAUACAUUUUCACAGCUUCCAGGGCUACAGCAGCUAUCUGCAGGUUUGAUACAUUUUAUUUUUGCCUUUCGUGAUGACUGACUGUCACGGUUUUUCAUAUCUGCGUUCAUAAUUUAACUAAUUUCUUCAAUGUGCACAACUUUAGUACUGGUUCUCAUAUCAUUUUACUGACUGCACAAUUUAAAUACUCCAACACAACUGUUUCUUGUCGACAGACUGUUAUUUUUACAGCUUCUACAGUUCAGCUUAUGCAAAGUAACUACCUCUAUCUCACUUAUCACUUUGUCCUUUCUUUGUUUUGUCAUGUCUGAAACAGUUGAAAGUUUAUUGUAAUUGUUUUACUGUUGUCUAAAGUCCCCUUAUGUAUCCGAACUGUAGAGUUGAUUUUUGUAUAAAGUUUAACUGAAUUCAA